AUGAGAGUAAUGGAGUUUGGAGCAUAUGGAUUGGUGGUGAUGAAGGGUUUAAUUUGGAGAUUCAAAGUGGGUGUUAUUAGAAUUAGCUUUGCUACAGGUUACCGCUUAGGAGUACCCGUCAAGUAUUUGGUAUACAGUGACAGUAUAUGCGGUGAAUGCGUUAUACUUGCGUUGCAGGCAGUUGCUGCAGUUAAAAUCCCAUUAGAAUCACCAAUUGGAACUACCAGUCCAUCAAACAAUAGGCUAUCAAAACGAUCACCUGUUGAAUUGGGUGGUGACGUUGGUCAAUGUUACACAAUGAAAUCCAAUGUUCACGGAACUGAUUUGCAUCUACGGCUCGAUUCAGGAGUUUCUGAUGUAAUCGUACCACUUCCCAGUUCAAGCAGCAAUGUAGGUUCGACUCCAGAAAGUAUUUCAAGUGGGAAGCCCGUUACUAUAAAUUACAAAAGCAGUGAUUAUAAUGGAAUCACUUCCACAGUCUCUGUGACGAUUCCGGGUACUAGGAUAACUGGCAUCAAUCUACCAGUACUAUCAGUUAAAAAACAAUCGGCAGAUUCAGUUGGUAUCCAUCCAAAGUUUGAUGGAGUAUUUGGACUUGGCUACACCUCGUUGUCAAAACAUCACACAUCAGUCCCUGCGAUAGAUGCUUUGUACAAUGGUGGUGUCAUUCCUAAUAACGAGGUUAGUAUUCAACUAUGUCCGUAUGGCAUGCUUUCAGAUAGUUUCAUCAAUAUAGGAAAUACGGACGUAACUGCAAAAUGUGGAACGGAUGGAAGGAGUGUUGCAUGGGUACGAUCACCAUCAGACGAUCACUUUUUCAUCAAUAUCAAAAGUAUACUAGUUGAUGACGAAGAAGUGGAGCUGCCCGAGGAAUUCCAAAAAAAAGAAAGAAAAAAUGGUCAUACUUUGUACUCCAUUAUAGAAACAUGCUUUACAUAUAUGCGUUUUCCUGAAACAGUCGUGGAUACGUUGGCUGAUGCUAUUCUUGAUAGUGAUGCGAUCACUGUCAAAAAGACUAAAUCCGAACACAAGCGCAAGCUCAGCGAAACAGAAAUUGAUGAAAUAUUUUUGGAAAACAGUCUAAUGCCCAAAUCCACUUAUAAUAUCGAUUGGGGCAGGCUGCCGUCGCUUACAAUUACAAUGUUUGCUGAAAACCCCGUGACUGAUGACAAUCGCAAUUCUGUUGUAACAAUCAAACUGGGUCCUAGAGACUAUAUACAGAGAUAUGAUUCUAAAAAUUUCAUGUUUACUGUACAAGCUGGUUCAGAUGACAAUGCGAUUCUUGGUAUUCCAUUCAUGACCCAACUUGGAUUGACAUUUGAUCGAACACAUAAACGCGUUGGGUUUGGUCCUGGAUGUGGAUGCGAAACUGCGACUGAUGGAUAUCCUACUAUUUCAAACAGUUAUCAAGUACUCUGGCCAUCAUCACAACUGCCUAAACAACCAAGUACUUCAGGUUCAAGUGGCACAUUUAUUCGCAGAAGGAAACCAACAACUACAACUGAUCAAGUAGUUGUACCUGAAAAAACUCACCACGCUGUCAAGAGUCACACAACAACUCACGAUAAACUCGACUGA